CACAGAGCGGUUUACAGCAGAGCUUGACACAGGAAGGAUGCGGGCGGCUGUCUGUGUGUAUUAUCACUACUGAGAGAUACAUGUGUUACCUAUAAAGAAACAACAGAAAAGAGCAUAUCAAGCUCAAACAAACGGAAAGGCUAUUUAAUACAUCCGGGGGAUAAACCAGCAGGUUCACAGUGCAUGGAUUACACCAUUACAAACAAUUAUCUCCUGUUUGGCAACUGAAGUGACGGCCAUCAAGACUGGACAGAGUCGGGCUGAAUCUGAGCAAAAUCUGGUUGAAUCAGGAACCCCUUAGGACUCGUUAGAAGAAAACCACUUAUUCUUGAAUAACACAAAAGCACCAGUCAAACGAAGAUGCCCAUCUUAAAGCAGCUGGUGUCGGGGUCUCAGACCAAACGGCGCUCUCGUAUGGACCUCACUACUGAGAUGAUCAGCGCUCCCUUGGGUGACUUCCGGCACACCAUGCAUGUAGGGCGCAGCGGGGAAGCUUUUGGAGACACCUCUUUCCUCAGCACUCGAUCCGGAGAGCCACCCAAAGAAAUCCACACCCAUCCUCGCUCUCCAAGACCGGGACUGUUGUCUCGUACCUUCCGGAGCAGCAAGCGCUCUCAGUCGGUCACUAGAGUAGACCAGCGAGACAAUAACCUCCAUCCUCCCAGUGAGUCACCUACCUUUGUGAAGAAUGCCAUGUCCUUGCCCUUUCUGAACAAUGAAGAAGGACAGGAGGGAGAAAAGAGGGUGCUCAAGAGCUUGACCUCAAGCCCCUCCAAUGGGGCCUCUGCUGAAGCAUUGGACUUGGAGCUACAUGAGAAGCAUUUUGGGGUGUUGACCGACCUACGACCUUCCCCGUCUUACAAUGGGGGAGGAUUGAAGAAAGCUGAAUCUGUGAUGUCAUUCCAUGUUGAUCUUGGGCCUUCGAUGUUGGGGGACAUUCUAGGGGUCAUGGAGAAGGAAGAUGACGACCAGGGGUUUGAAGAAGGCAAGAGCAGUGAGGGACAUGCAUCUCCUCUUUACUUCAACCUGGGAGGAGUGGAAAUGGAUGAGGAAAUGAGGGAGGUUGUUGUGAAAGAAGAGGAACCAGAGGGGUUAGUUGCUCAUAAAGAGGGUCCCAUGAGGGCUCCCAGCUCUGUUGACUUGGAGAUACAGAGUGAAGGCACCAGCACCCCAGAACCACACCACAAACACCUGCAUCACCUCGACAGCUGCUCAGUUUCCAGCUCAGGUUCAGCUGCCUUGGAGGAGAAACCAACCAGUGAGCCUUACGAGGAAGAUAUUCGAGUUACCAAUAACAACUGCAACCCAGACAAUGAACCAGCCUUCUCCUCCUUCAUGGAAGAUGAGGAUGAUGAGAUCCGUGUAUGAAACCCUACAAUCAGUAAACCUUUCUGGGGAUGGAGAGAUGAAUAUCUAAGACUAGAAUUUGACAAUGUGUAACGAGGAGAAAUGCAGUGUAGAUGUAAGCACGUCAAGCUGGUGCCUCAGGUUCCUGUGUCCCUGUUGAGAUAAGUUGGGGAGACUGCAUUAGCUCAGACACCAAAGUCAUCUGUCACACUACUGACCCAUGCUAAGAUGAGAAGCUGGAUGUGUUGAGUCCAAAAGAUACCUGCUACAAGUUCCACUGAUAGCUCUACUAAAGGAAAGACAGGCAUAGGGGAUACAUACGUCACCAAAACCGUAAACAGAUUGCGCAAGCAGAUGCUGUUUUAAGCCAUUUUCCCAUAGUCCCAUGCAGGGUUCCCACAGUUGUAAAAUGAAAAUAUCAGGGAUUUUGAAAAAAAAAAAUCAAGACAAUGUAUUUCUUCAAAGUUAUUCUCAGCUCUAAAAUACUUUGUCUGUGAACAAUUGUGUUUUGUAUUCUCAAAGAAAUUGUAAAAAAAAAAAAAAAUUCUUACCUGGUAAUCACAAAGCAACUGGAAUGCUCUUGUAAAUUCAUUGGUCAAAAUAUGUGGGAACCCUGCCCAUGACUUGGUGCAUAAAGAUAUUUGUUCUUUUGAUUUAGAGCACAAGCGUAUUCAAAUAAAUAAUAUGAUUUGUUCAGUGAUAUAAUGAGUGAGACAAAUACUUUAUCUCUAGAUUACAUAUAAUUCAGUUAGGCAUCCGGUAAAACUGUCAUUUUAAGAGCUACUGUGAAGCUCAGGAAACGUCCUUGUGCAGCUGAUUACACACUGCACUGAUCUCGAAUACUGACAAUUUGAAGGUGGUGGAAGUUUGAAAACCUCUCCAGAGACUGAUCAUAGUCCACUUUUGGGAAGAGUGGCAACAGGUGUCCCUCCAUUAGAUCUCAUUUUUCAGUUUUUACUUGUUUUGCAUAGUAGCUGUUUGCUAAGUAUCUUGCAUAUCUCACCACUUCCUUCCUGCACUUUUUGGCGUGCGAGGGGAACUACUGGUGUUUAUUGCUGGAGUUUUUGAUCAGUUUGAUUGUCGCCGUCAUUGAAACAUUUAAACCAUUGAUUAAACAAUAUGUGUCAUGUCAAGUACAACUAAAAAGUCAGUUGUUAAGUCACGUCUUCUAGUAAACAUGAACAUAUCGGCUUUAUUAAUUGUGUUAACUCUGACAUUAGCAAGUUAUGGCACUGGCAUUGCUCCUCGGUAAAUUCACUGGGGUGCUUUAAUACACUUAUGAGCAAAGACACUAAUAAUCUAUGAUUCUGUUUGAUCUUUUGACUUUUUCAUUGUGUACAUGUCUACAUACAGUAUAGCAGAUGAUCUUGACUUAAAAUGAGGCCUUUAUUACUGCAAACCUUCAUGUGUAAAUUAACUGCAGUAGUCUGCAAGCUUAUGGUCUCUGAAUUCGACAUCAAGACUACAGUAAGACGAGACUUAACGGGAAUUCUCAGCUGCUUCACACUUGGGGUCACAUCAGCCUUAAGCAGAAAAGUGCCAAAUCUAAUCUAGCAUGUACUGCCUAGUAAGCCUGACUUUUGAAUAUCAUUUAACAUGGUGAAUAAAUUAGGCUUUGCCUUAAUCUACCAUUUCAGAUAUGGGCCAAAUGAUCCAUCUUGGUUUGAUUACUGUAAACAGAAAUGCUUAGUAAGAAUUUACCUAAUUUGCUUCAGGAUAAACCUCAGGGAGAGAGAAAAAGACACGAGGUUAGCAUUCUGUUUAAUUUGCAUAGCCUUGUGCUAGCAGUGCAUUUUAAAUUUAGCAAGACAAAACAAGCAACAAAAAAAAGAGAGAAGUCUGUUUAUGUCUGAAAUUGUGUGGCUGUGUGUGAGGUGGAUUAAGCAAAGUUUAUCUUCAUGUUUUCCCUCUAUGUGAUAACAGUGAUGUUUGUCUUUCCUAUCUUUGCUACAAUUUCGAGGCUAUAACUGCUAUAUUUUUGAAUAAAAGAAAAAGUCAA